CCGCGGCGGCUGCGCGGCGCCGCCACAUCCGGGCACUGGGGCAGGAUGAAUGCUCCUUUCCAAGAUGGCGGCGGAGGGAGGAGGGAAGGAGAUGAACGAGAUUAAGACCCAGUUCACCACCCGGGAGGGGCUGUACAAGCUGCUGAGCCACUCGGAGUACAGCCGGCCCAACCGGGUGCCCUUCAACUCGCAGGGCUCUAACCCGGUCCGGGUUUCCUUCGUCAACGUCAACGACCAGAGCGGUAACGGGGACCGGCUCUGCUUCAAUGUGGGCCGGGAGCUCUACUUCUACAUCUACAAGGGGGUCCGCAAGGCUGCGGACUUGAGUAAACCAAUAGACAAAAGGAUAUACAAAGGAACACAACCUACAUGCCAUGACUUCAAUCACUUAACAGCCACAGCAGAAAGUGUGUCUCUUCUAGUGGGCUUCUCUGCAGGCCAGGUCCAACUUAUAGACCCUAUUAAAAAAGAAACUAGCAAAUUAUUUAAUGAGGAAAGACUAAUAGACAAGUCCAGAGUAACCUGUGUAAAAUGGGUACCAGGUUCGGAAAGCCUUUUCCUAGUAGCUCAUUCCAGUGGCAAUAUGUACUUGUAUAAUGUGGAGCACACUUGUGGUACCACAGCCCCGCACUACCAGCUACUGAAACAAGGAGAAAGCUUUGCAGUUCACACUUGCAAGAGCAAAUCUACAAGAAACCCUCUGCUUAAAUGGACAGUAGGUGAGGGUGCCCUGAAUGAAUUUGCCUUUUCCCCAGAUGGGAAGUUCUUGGCGUGCGUAAGCCAGGAUGGUUUCCUGCGCGUGUUUAACUUCGAUUCGGUGGAAUUGCAUGGUACAAUGAAAAGCUACUUUGGAGGACUGCUGUGUGUGUGUUGGAGUCCCGAUGGGAAGUACAUAGUGACAGGUGGAGAGGAUGACUUGGUAACAGUUUGGUCCUUUGUGGACUGCCGAGUGAUAGCGAGAGGCAACGGCCAUAAGUCGUGGGUGAGCGUUGUGGCGUUCGAUCCGUAUACCACUAGCGUGGAAGAGAGUGACCCGAUGGAGUUCAGCGGCAGCGACGAGGAUUUCCAAGACCUUCACUUUGGCAGAGAUCGAGCAAAUAGCACGCAGUCCAGGCUAUCCAAAAGGAACUCUACGGACAGUCGUCCAGUAAGUGUUACGUAUAGAUUCGGUUCGGUAGGCCAGGACACGCAGCUCUGUUUGUGGGAUCUUACAGAAGACAUCCUCUUCCCCCACCAACCUCUCUCAAGAGCAAGGACACAUACAAACGUCAUGAACGCCACGAGUCCGCCCGCUGGAAGCGGCGGAACUAACCCGGGAAGUAACGGAAACAGUAUCACAACACCUGGAAACUCUGUACCCCCUCCUCUUCCACGGUCAAACAGCCUUCCACACUCUGCAGUCUCAAACGCUGGCAGUAAAAGCAGCGUCAUGGAUGGUGCCAUUGCUUCCGGCGUAAGUAAAUUUGCAACCUUAUCGCUACACGAUCGGAAGGAAAGACACCACGAGAAAGAUCACAAGAGAAAUCAUAGCAUGGGACAUAUAUCUAGCAAGAGCAGUGACAAACUGAACCUAGUUACUAAAACCAAAACGGACCCAGCUAAAACUUUGGGAACACCUCUCUGUCCCCGAAUGGAAGAUGUUCCCUUGUUAGAGCCUCUUAUCUGUAAAAAGAUAGCACAUGAAAGACUGACUGUGUUAAUUUUUCUUGAAGACUGUAUAGUCACUGCUUGUCAGGAGGGAUUUAUUUGCACAUGGGCAAGGCCUGGUAAAGUGGACUAGAGUAACAUGAAUUAGGAUACUCAUCAAACUUGUUUAAACUCAGAUUCAGUAAAACGUGGAUGUAUCUCGAUUCUCUCUGCCUGCCCGUCGAGUAGGAGCUGGGGCAGAGCGUUGUCGUUGCCUCUAGGACUCUACAGGAGCUCUUUCCUCGGCAGACACUGGUGCAAGGCACGUUCUUCAUUCCAGCUUCAGAUCUGACGUGUAAUGAGCGCUGAAUUUCCAGCCCUGAGGAUGUGGCUCACUUGGAUGGCUCGAGCGCUUUCUGUCUAGAAAAACUCUGUCUAGCCUAGAACCAAAUCGUCUGAACUAAAAGUAAACUAACCUACAGCUUGGGCUGCAAGCUUUCUUGGAACUAAUUUAGGCCAAGGCUUAACAAGGCUGCCCUUCAAUCGGAGAGGACUGGGGAUUGCCACCCUGGCAGCAGCGGUUCUGCGUUAAUGGGUGGCCGAAGGAGCCAUGCACAUGACGUUUACUGAAGUGUUUCUGAGGCACUUUCGAGAGAGAUCAGUGAAGAUGUUAGUUACUUUACACCCAGUCUAACUGAGGUAGGACUCUCUCUGUCUUAGGCAAAAGUCCUCUAGGCUAAAGCUGAGGAAAUCAUCUUUCUCACAUGAACUUGAGAACUUUCUGGUACUUCAGAAGGUGUUGAUUGACCGCUAUGAUGGUCUGUAUGUGUAACAUGUGUGUAUUUAACAGCGGGUACCAACGGAGGAACAAAACGAACCCCAUCCUGAAAGCUGCUGGGAACAUGCAGUUACAGCAAACAAUGUGCAAGAACUGGUCAGUCAAGCCCAACGCUCAAGUCAGUGUGAGCGUGAACCAAACUGAACUUGCCCAGGUCCUGUGGGCAGCGAAGGCCCUUCGGCAGAUGCCGUCCUGGAGCGUGACGGUGGCACCUCCCUUGUCUCCAGUUAAUGACGUUGCACAAACCUUUCAAGGAAAUAACCUGCAUGAUCACAGUACUCUCUGGGUUUUGAAGCUGGGGUUUAGGGUUUAUUGUCAUCCCAAAACCAGGCCAAUUCUCCAAGUGGAACUGUAGUAU